GCGCAUCACAGGGUCCAAAAUUACAAUAGGUCCCGAUUCGCGACUUAGUUCCCAUUAGUCAUUGAAGCUAACAUAACCACUGCUAGCCAACGGGAUUCGCCAUACAUCCAAGCCAUGGCCAGUUCCAGUUGGAGCCCAUGCUAAGUCCCCUUGCCUGUUGACCUGCCUGUUGCCUCAGCAGAUGUCAGCGUACAGUACACGUUCAGUGCUGCACUGUAUGAAGAGCGGAACAAUUGAUUGGCGUGUUGUUUCUGAGGGACCUUAAAGACGGUGCACACGCGGUUUGCUUCAAAACAUUAUGGCGUCUAGAAGAAUAACGAAAGCGCCAAGUAGUUUUAAAAAUGACUCCACCGAGACAAAAAGCUCGAAAAGUGGGAGCACUGCAAACAAAGCCACCACUGUUAAAUCAAGUGGAACUAUUGUCAAGUCUCGCUACAUGCAGUCUGCUGAGAAGACCUCUCUCUCAAAGAGUGGCUCGCUGACCAACGAUUCUACUGCUCUGAUGCCGAAACCUUCUUCACCUAAACUCACUGGUGUCCGACCUAAGGUGGGAACUCCACCAAGACGCUCAGUGGCUCCUCAGGCUCUUGCAACAUCAUCACGUGAGACUGAUCAGUCAGUGCUUCGUAAAAGUAUGCUACAGUCCACUUUUUCAGAUGGACACUGUUUUCGACCAGAUUUUGAUAUUUCAGUCAUUAAAGAUAAAACAAUCAUAGAAAAUUCUUCAGAACCUGACAGAAAUCCAGAGAAUGAGAAAAGGACCAUUGAGAUGAGAACAUUCCUGUUGGCAUAUCUCACAGCCAAGAUGGAAAGCAAUACCGCAAAACUCAAGGCUGAGGCAGAGAUGAGGAUCCUGCAAAAUAUGGAGGAGGAGGAGGCACUGCAUAAAGAGCUCCAGGAGAAAAAACACCAGUAUCUCCCUCAAGAGAAAAACAGAAUUUUCCACGAGCUGCUGGAUUUACAGAUAGCUGCAUUAACCCCUGUGGCUGAAGCCGCAAAGCAGUUCACAAGUGACUACAAGUCUUUUGCCACAGCUGUUGACACAACACGACAUGAGCUGCCUGUCAAGAAUUUCUACAUCGAUGGGGACAGAAGGGAGUUUUUAGAUAAAGCUGAAGCUAGCCUGAAGGAGAGUGAGAAGUUGCUGGUGGAGUGCACCGACGGAGAUCAUAAAGAAAAUAGCACAGCUUUAGAGUGUUUAAGGGAUAUUAAAAUUACCUCGAAAGACAUCAGUCAGCAGCUCUCGGGUGCAUUUUCUGAGCUUCAGGAUCUGUCAUCUUUGGUCUGCCGCCAUACCAUCCAGGUCCAGCAGGCGGCCGAAGAAGAGCAGCUUGGCUCUGAAAGAACCCGUGAACUCUUUUGCCCCGAACAGUGAAGGCAUAACAUGCAUAGUACAUGCACUUUUGAAACGCCUCCGCACAACCCAGUGCUUGGAUUUGUUUGUCAUUUUGUGUGACUGUUUAAUUUCUGAUGCUUGCAUCUAUAUUUCAAUAAAUGUUGAUCACUGAA